AUGGCUUCCGAAACUCACUCUAUACGGCUUAAUCUUCUUCAAUUCCUCAAACAAGCCCACUAUCUUCACUUCCAACAUGUAGCUGGCGCAUUGUCUCCCUCAGCUGCCCCAGUCUACGUCCUGGGCAAUCCCUCUGCAGACCUCGACUCGAUCAUCUCCGCCAUUGUCUACUCCUACUUCGCUAAUGGACAUCUACCGUCCUCCCGUGGAAGACCACACAUCCCCCUCAUCAAUCUCCCAGGAGUCCCGUCUGGCCCGGAAUUGCGUCGACUGCGACCAGAAUUCGCAGCUGCAUUGUGGCUGUCUACGAACAAUCCCCCCGCAACAGAGAGCGAGAGAUGGGACAGCCAAAAUGAUCAGUCUACAGGAAAGCUAUUCAACGAGCAUAUCCUGACGGUGGCAGACUUGAAGUUGCAUUUUGAUGCGGAGAGACGACCAAAGUGCACUCUGGAUACGGUCAUGGUCGAUUGGAAUGCGUUUCCUAUUCGUUCUGAAGAUGAAAGUGGGAAGAGAACGGGGCAGUUGGAAUCACUUCCGAAUGUAGAUUUCCGUGUCCUGGGUUGUAUUGAUCAUCAUGUUGAUGAGGGUGGUUUUGUUCCUUCGGCUGAUUCUUUGCCGGAGGGUCAGCCUUUGGUUGUUCAGCCUGGACCGGGAUCUUGCACGUCCCUUAUUGCGCGUGAGUUGAGGGAAAGGGGGCUUUGGGCUGCUGGGGAUUCUGCGAUUACGACGGUUACGGCAGAAGCCCAAGCUGCAAAACUUGCAUUGGCUGCUAUUCUUAUUGAUACGACCAAUCUCACUGCAAAGGGCAAGGUGACGGGCGUAGACCGUCUCGCGGUUUCAUUCCUGGAAUCUAAGAUCCAGCAAGCCGAAGUCUCCUGGGACCGCAAUGCUUUCUUCCGGGAAGUUCAAGAGACGAAACAGAACAGUCUUGAUCUCUUGACGUUUCCCGAAAUACUGGAUCGAGACUACAAGGAGUGGACUGAAGAGAUAUCCUCCUCUAAAGAAGGGAAAGGUGUCAUUAAGCUUGGUUUCUGUUCCUGCGUUAAACCGAUCCCAUGGAUCAUAAGCAAAGCCACAACUGAACCGGAUGGUAAUGGUGAGACUGACGGCACCCCGCAGACCUUCCUGAACGGUUUGCGGUCCUUCUCCGCAUCAAAAGGUCUAGAUAUUGUUGUCAUUAUGACAGCUUUUGUUGAUGCAUCGACCAAAAAAUUUAGACGGGAACUGCUACUCUGUUCACUGCACUCUGGUGCAGGCGAGGAAUGCUCCAGAUCCUUCGCUUCGCGAGGGGGGUCGGAGAUCGGGCUAUCGUCCUGGCCGCCAGUACCGCAUACAGCGGAUCCCAAAAUGAAGGAGAUUGCAGCUCUUCUCAAUCUGGACUCUCCUCCUAUUUGGUGCCAUGUCUGGGAGCAGACUGAUUUGACGAAAAGUCGGAAACAGGUGGCGCCGCUGCUGAGGGGCGAGGCUGCGAAACUGUGA